AUGAGCGCCGGGCGGCCGUCGGAAGGCGCAGGCUGCAUUAACUGGUGGGGUUUCAGUCCAGCUCGAGACCUCAUCAGUGCAGGCCCUGUUAAACAUGAAGGCGAAGUCAACAUUUUGCUUGUCGGGAAUGGAGAUCCGAGACAUCUUCUGAAGACCUUGGCCAGCCUUCGAGACGAGGACGUCCUUAACGUAUGGCUGUUUGAAAACUGCAUGGAGGUGGUGGCCAGACAGAUGCUGCUGCUCUACAUCACCCUGACUCCCCAUGAAUUGAUGGGACUUAACGAGAAGACGGAGAUGUUCUUGGAGGUAUUUGGUAACAGUGUGAUCCGCAGUCAGACGGAUGACACGGUGAAACGUGUUGCGUCGCAGCUCUUGCUCCACGUCAGCGACAUUCCGGAUUCAGACAUGCACCCCUGUUUCAACACUGCUCUUCUCAAGUUUAGGGAGCGGGAUGAGCUGGCCAGGAUUUUUAAAUCAUGGGUGCAGCCAUUGUCUUCUUCCACACCUCAUGUCUCAAUAGCCAAAGCCUGGGAUUACAGAGUCAGGCAGCACCUUGGGACACGCUACGACGCGAAAAGGGGCUGCUUCGACUGGGAUCUCACUAUGAAGCUAUAUGAGAAAGGGUGUGGCGUUAUUAACAAGCAUCAGUACUUCCGAUGGAGGGAGAGCGGCUUGGCCUUUGAACUGAGGGAAGGUGUCUACCAGAACACCAACCCGAGCUUGCUGUCUUCUCGGGUGUUCAACCAGAGAGGGGACAAAGUGGCCAUGCAAGGCUACUGGGGGGACAUUGCGUCCAGUCCUUAUCUCGCCUUUGGUAUUGAAACUGAAGACGAGAGCUUGCUCAAGACACGGAACGGCCAACACGUGAAGACAGCACAGGACAUUUCCUUUGCGAAUGUGCAAGAGUUGUUUCAAUCCCUGUCCAGGAAACAAGAAUGCACAACUCAGUCUGACACAGAAGAUGAACAUCAACCCACGAAUAUUGAACAUAAUUCUGUCCCAGUCAGCAAACUGACACGUCUUAAAGGGGUUUCUGUCAAUUUCCUGCCCUUGGAUUCCCUUGAGAAGAUGGCGGAAAAGGGGAAAUAUGCCCAUUUCUUCCACAUCAUUCACUUCUCCACCAGUUGCGCGCACCAUUUGGGCCCGAAAAUCCGGCAGAUUGCAGCACCAGACGCUGUGCUUAUCGUGGAGUUGGCCAAGUACAUUUUGGACCUGAAUAACGAGCAAGAAGCUGGUUUUGCAGAGCGAGUAUCAAACAUGUGUCAGGAAGCAGGAUUUCAACCAUGUGUUGUGGCAAACAGUGAUGACCUUCAUGCUGUUUUUCAACCACACAAGGACAAGUAA